AUGAAAUGUAACAAUGUCAUAGUUUCCGAAGCGGAUACUGAUGAUACCGCGAAAGAAGAUCUGUUUGAGGAUGGUACAGUUGAAGAGUAUCCGGAUGAUGAUGAUGCUUCAUCUCUCCACCAAUGGAAGUCCAUGGUGUACACCUCGAAGACAGUAGAAAAUUUUGGUACAGAGUGUAACAAUAAGGAAUCUUUUUAUGAGUCGUGGUGGAUUAGUGAUUUUCUGGAAACCAUUGAUGUCAAUGGUUUUCAGGUUCUUGCUUCACAAGUACAAUCAGUGAGCCAAAUCUUCAAAAGACACCCGGACACAGCAAUAGGUUUCCGUCCUAAGAACCAACAGAUCAGAAAAGCAUACAUGGAUGCACUUCUUAGUCUCAUUGAGACAUUGUGCCAGUCUCCAGAUAAGCUCUCUGAUGAUGAUCUGAGUAAUGCUGAUGAGACACUUGUCGAUCUGAUUGAUGUUGGCUUUAAAUUGGAUUGGCUGAAGACGAAGCUGAAUGAUGUCUCUGAAAAGAAGAAGUUGGGGGAGAGUAGUGUGGUCCGGCUAGAAACAAUGGAAGAACAGUUGCAGAAGCUGAAGCACAUGGUCUUGGAUCUUGAAUCUCAGAUGCAGAAGGAAAAAGAGAAGGUGUUGGCUGCAAGAGCUCCUCUAUCGUUCAAAGAUAUUUUUUACUGA